AUGGAUCCGCUCCGACCCAGCGACUCGGCCGCAAACCGUGGCCUGAGGGCCAACACUCGUAAGAGAGACAGAGAAGAUGAUGAUAUGUCAUCACCGGCCCCAUUGCCUCCGUCAAGUCCCACUGCUUUGGGCUCGUCCCCUCCCCCAAUUCCCUUUGACAUGGGAGAUGAAGAUGACGAGGAUGAAACGGGGCUUGUACAGGAUAUUGAUGAUAUUGAUGAGUUGGCCGAAGACGAGGAUGGUAUCGACCUGUUCGGCGACAACUUCGAGCGGGAUUACCGCGAUGCAGCACAUGACCGCUACGAAAAUGAAGGAUACAUCGAUGACGACGAAGACCACGAGGAGAUUGACGCCGCCAGCCGUCGGCAGCUAGAUGCUCGCCUGAACCAGAGAGACCGCGAAUUGGCACGCAGACGCCGCAUGCCUGCAGCCUUUUUACAGGAUGACGAUGAUAUUGAAAUGGACUUGUCUCGGCAGCCCCGACGACGCAGACACCACUAUGACGAGGACAGGGAAGAUAUCGACAUGGCCGAUGAGGGCAUGGAAGAACUUUCCCUGGAGGAAUUGGCUGAUGUCAAGGCAGCCAAUAUCACGGACUGGGUGACGCAGCCCCAGGUUCUUCGCUCUAUUUACCGUGAAUUCAAGGCCUUCCUGACAGAGUUCAUCGACCCAAGCGGUCAGUCCGUCUACGGUAAUCGGAUUAAGACCCUGGGUGAGGUCAACUCGGCUUCUCUUGAGGUAUCCUAUGCCCACCUGAGUGAAACCAAGGCAGCUCUGUCAUAUUUCCUCGCCAACGAGCCCACCGAAGUCCUCAAGGUGUUCGAUCAGGUGGCGCUUGAUGUCACACUCUUCCACUACCCCCAGUACCACGACAUUCACAACGAAAUCCACGUCCGCAUCACCGAUGUGCCAAUCAUUUACACUCUGCGUCAGCUGCGUCAGUCGCAUCUCAACUGUCUCAUUCGCGUCAGCGGUGUGGUCACUCGUCGAACCGGUGUUUUCCCGCAGUUGAAAUACGUUAUGUUCCUCUGCCAAAAGUGUGGUAUCACCCUGGGUCCAUUCCAGCAAGAAGCCAGCGCAGAGGUGAAGAUCUCGUUCUGUCAAAACUGCCAGUCUCGCGGUCCCUUCACUGUCAACUCGGAAAAGACCGUCUACCGCAAUUACCAGAAGCUGACUCUGCAGGAGUCGCCCGGCUCGGUUCCCGCUGGUCGUCUGCCGCGCCAGCGCGAAGUCGUCCUGCUUGCAGAUCUGAUCGAUACUGCCAAGCCUGGCGAUGAGAUUGAGGUCAUUGGUGUUUACCGUAACAGCUACGAUGCCCAAUUGAAUAACAAGAACGGAUUCCCCGUUUUUGCCACUAUCAUUGAGGCCAACCAUGUGGUCAAGGCCCACGACCAGCUGGCUGGUUUCCACCUGACAGAAGAGGAUGAGCGCGAGAUUCGUGCACUCUCGCGCGAGCCUGAUAUUGUGGAUAAGAUUAUCCGCUCCAUGGCUCCCAGUAUCUAUGGUCACCUGGAUGUCAAGACCGCUGUUGCACUUUCACUCUUUGGUGGUGUCAGCAAGCAGGCCCAGGGCAAGAUGUCAAUUCGUGGUGAUAUAAACGUUCUACUUCUUGGUGACCCCGGUACUGCCAAGUCUCAGGUGCUCAAGUUUGUGGAGAAGACAGCUCACCGUGCUGUGUUCGCUACUGGGCAGGGUGCUAGUGCAGUCGGUCUUACAGCUAGUGUCCGUCGGGAUCCACUCACUAGCGAAUGGACUCUUGAGGGCGGUGCCCUCGUGUUGGCUGAUCGUGGAACUUGUUUGAUUGAUGAGUUUGACAAGAUGAACGACCAGGAUCGGACGUCUAUUCACGAAGCCAUGGAACAGCAAACAAUUUCUAUCUCCAAGGCUGGUAUUGUGACAACGUUGCAGGCACGCUGUGCCGUUGUGGCCGCCGCCAACCCCAAGGGUGGUCGGUACAACAGCUCAAUUCCCUUCUCGGAGAAUGUCGACCUAACGGACCCCAUCUUGUCUCGUUUCGAUCUCCUCUGUGUUGUCCGUGAUCUUGUUGAUCCUGCUGAGGAUGAGCGCCUAGCCAACUUCGUGAUUGAGUCCCACCACCGUGCUAACCCGGCUCGUCCUCUCCGAAAUGAGAAGGGCGACAUGGUCGAUGCUGACGGCCAUCUCAUUGACGGCGAGGGCUACCGCAUCAACAGAGAUGGCCAGCGACUGCCUCCUUCCCAAGAGGAGGUGUCCAGACGUGCAGCAGAAAAGCAAAGGGCUGAGGAAGAAAAGGAGGGAGAGAUCCCCCAAGAGCUCUUGCGGAAGUACAUUAAGUACGCCCGCGAGCGUUGCAACCCCAAGCUCUACCAGAUCGACCAGGACAAGGUUGCCCGUCUCUUCGCAGACAUGCGCCGCGAGUCCCUUGCUACUGGAGCGUACCCCAUCACAGUUCGUCACCUUGAAGCUAUCAUGCGUAUUGCCGAAUCCUUCUGCAAGAUGCGCCUGUCCGAGUACUGUUCUGCGCAGGAUAUCGACCGUGCCAUCGCUGUUACUGUGGAUUCGUUCAUUGGCAGUCAGAAGGUCAGCUGCAAGAAGGCACUCUCACGUGCAUUUGCCAAGUACACACUCUCCAGACCCAAACCCCAGUCCAAGCGUCGUGCUGGUAUCCCCGUCACAAACCCUCACCUGCCACGGGCUCAGUCCACUGUGCGGUGA